CUCAUCUGGACCAUCAUGUCACGUUGAACCAAUCUUAUUAACAUGCCCACCAGGGAGAACACUCAGCUCUACCAGCCAGGGUCUCCUGGAUGUCCCAAGAUCAGAUUGUAGAACACGUUGUUCUUUAGCAUCUUCAACCUGCUGCUUUAGAAAUAAAACAAACAGGAAAUACUUCACAGCUUUAAAUGCAGGUGACAGUUCACUCCCACCUGCACAGGUAAACACACCUGGCUUCCUGUUAAUGGAAAGGGGUGGAGUCUCAUCGACCAGGUGAACCAGUUCUCAUCAGAUCAAACCAAGGAAACCCAAACCAGUUCAGACUGGAUUUAAUGUGGACAAAAGAGAAGAAAGCAAACUAAAGUGAAUUAGUCCUGAUGCUUUACUGGUGAAUCCCAGUCAGUCUAACUGGUUCCUCUCUGACUGACUGAAAAGGAAGAUGGAUGUCUCUGUGGAGGACGAGGAGAACAGAGCAGAACCUCCAGGAUACAGCUAUCCACCUAUGAGGAGCAACUCCUCCCAGUCCAGACUUCCAGACCUCAGUGGACCUGGACCUUCAGACACAAAAGGUCUGAACCACAGAUGGAGAGCAGAACCUCCAGGACCCAGCUGUCUGUCUAUGAAGAGUGAUCGGUCCAUGGAUCCUCCUCUACACUUCAGUGAAUCUGGACCAUCAGACACAAAACGGUGCAUCACCUCAUACUGGGACCAGUCUGCUCCAUCAGGACUCUCCUCCUGUCCCCAGUGUGGAGACAGAUCCAGAACCAGAAGUGGACUGCAGACAGCCAAUCAGAGCAGCUCAGGACCAGCAGAUGUUGGUCUGCAGGAGGUUUUAGAAGAACAUCAGCUCAGUCUGAGGAGGAGAUGUGAACAUGUGACUGAAGGACGUGAUGAACCAGGAAGUAGAACCCUCCUGAACAGGAUCUACACUGAGCUCUACAUCACAGAGGGACAGAGUGAAGAGGUUCAUACCCAACAUGAGGUGAGACAGCUAGAGACCACUUCCAAGACCAAGAGGCUCCAUGAUGCUCCAAUCAGGUGCCAGGACAUCUUUAAAGCCUUACCUGAGCAACAUGGAGUCAUCAGAGUGGUUCUGACCAACGGCGUCGCUGGAGCUGGAAAAACCUUCUCAGUGCUGAAGUUCACUCUGGACUGGGCCGAGGGCUUGGAGAACCAGGACGUCCAUGUGGUGCUUCUGCUUUCCUUCAGGGAGCUGAACUUGAUCAGAGAUGAGCAGCACAGUCUUCUCACGCUGCUCCGUGUUUUCUAUCCAACAUUCCAGAAGAUUCCAGCAGAGAAGCUGGCUGUCUGGAAACUUCUCUUCAUCUUUGAUGGCCUGGAUGAAAGCAGACUUUCACUGGACUUCAGCAGCAAUCAGAUGGUUUCUGAAGUCACACAGAGGUCAUCAGUCAAGGUGCUGCUGACAAGCCUCUUCAAGGGGAACCUGCUUCCCUCGGCUCUGGUCUGGAUCACCUCCAGACCUGCAGCAGCCAAUCAGAUCCCUCCUUCAUGUGUCCACAGGAUAACAGAAGUACGAGGCUUCACUGAUGCCCAGAAGGAGGACUACUUCAGGAGGAGGUUCAGUGAUGAAGAGCUGUCCAGCAGAAUCAUCUCCCACAUCAAGACCUCCAGGAGCCUCCACAUCAUGUGUGGAAUCCCAGUCUUCUGCUGGAUCACUGCUACAGUUCUGGAGGACAUGUUGACUACAGAGCAGAGAGGACAGCUGCCCAAGUCCAUGACUGACAUGUACUCACACUUCCUGCUGGUUCAGACAAAGAGGAAGAAGAACAAGUACCAUGAAGGACCUGAGACCAGUCCACAGGAGCUGAUGGAGGCUGACAGGGAGCUUCUUCUGAAGCUGGGGAGGCUGGCAUUUGAACAUCUGGAGGAAGGAAACAUCAUGUUCUACCAAGAAGACAUGGAGCAGUGUGGUCUUGAUGUCUCAGAGGCCUCGGUGUUCUCAGGAGUUUGUACACAGAUCUUCAAAAGAGAGUGUGUGAUCCUCCAGAAACCAGUCUACUGCUUUGUUCAUCUGAGCGUUCAGGAGUUUCUGGCUGCAGUCUACAUGUUUCACUGUUUCACCAGCAGGAACAUGGAGGUGAUGGAGAACUUCCUGGGAGGAGACUACAGAGACUCCUCUCUGGAGGAUUUCCUGAAGAGAGUCAUGGAGAAAUCACUCAACAUUAAAAAUGGCCACCUGGACCUGUUUGUCCGCUUCCUUCAUGGCCUCUCUGUGGAAUCCAACCAAAGACUCUUAGGAGGUCUGCUGGGUCAGACACAGAUCGGUUCAGGAACCAUCAAGAGAACCAUCAACAACCUGAAGGAGAUGAACAGUGAUAAAGUCUCUCCAGACAGAAGCAUCAACAUCUUCCACUGUCUGAUGGAGAUGAAGGACCUCUCAGUUUAUCAGGAGGUCCAAAAGUUCCUGAAGUCAGAGAAGAGGUCAGAGGAGAAAAUCUCAGAGAUCCAGUGUUCAGCUCUGGCCUACAUGCUGCUGAUGUCAGAGGAGGUUCUGGAUGAGUUGGACCUGCAGAAGUACAACACAUCCUCAGAGGGAAGACUGAGACUGAUUCCAGCUGUGAGGAACUGCAGAAAGUUCAGAGCUGGUUCUGGUUCUGGACUCUCAGAGACUCACUGUGAAGUUGUGUCCUCAGCUCUGAAGUCCAACCUGUCCCAUCUGACAGAACUGGACCUGAGUGAAAACUAUCUGUCUGGUUCUGGAGUGAAGGUUCUGAGUUCUGGACUGGAAAGUCCAAACUGUAGACUGGAGGUUCUGAGAUUGAUGUACUGCAGGUUGUCAGAGAUCAGCUGUUCUUCUCUGAUCUCAGCUCUGAAGUCCAACCCGUCCCAUCUGACAGAACUGGACCUGAGUCUGAGCAACCUGUCUGGUUCUGGAGUGAAGGAGCUCUGUGGUUUCCUGGAGAGUCCAGACUGUAGACUGAAGGUUCUGAGGUUGAGGAAUUGCUGUUUGUCAGAGAUCAGCUGUUCUUCUCUGGUCUCAGCUCUGAAGUCCAACCCAUCCCAUCUGACAGAACUGGACCUGAGCUGGAACAACCUGUCUGGUUCUGGAGUGAAGGAGCUCUGUGGUUUCCUGGAGAGUCCAGACUGUAGACUGAAGGUUCUGAGGUUGAGUAGCUGCAGUUUGUCAGAGAUCAGCUGUUCUUCUCUAGUCUCAGCUCUGAAGUCCAACCCGUCCCUUCUGACAGAACUGGACCUGAGACGGAACAACCUGAAGGCUCUAAAUGUUGAAAAGCUGUUGGAUCUAGUGGAGAGUCCAGACUACAACCUGCAGACUCUGAGGUGGGAGGAGUCAUGAUGACCUUUGACCAGGAGAGAAGAUGAGCUGACUCCUGAUGAUCCUCAGAGGCUGAAGCAGCAGUUUGUGUAGAGACUCUGACUGGAUCAUGAUGAUGAGUGUUUGUAUGUUAUAAUGUGAUGGACCUGAGUAACAGC